AUGUUCCUUAUUCAAGUCAUUUGUACAUUAGUAUUUGCUCACACCUGUAGAAAUUUAGAAGCCACAGAUCCAAAUGUUUGUAGUGGACAUGGUACGUGUGUGAGCGAUAAUAGGUGUCAAUGCCAUGAAAAUUAUCAUGGAUACGUGUGUCAAUAUACUUCAUGUUUUGGAGAAGGUGGUGAAUAUGAUGCACAAUGGUCCCCAUUUGUAUGUUCUGGACAUGGUGCUUGCAUGUCAUUCAAUAAUUGUUCAUGUGAAAUUGGAUGGUAUGGAGAUAAGUGUGAAAAUUACAGACAUGUUUACAAUCCAUUUCAAGGAUAUAGUAUGAUUUCACUCGAAUCCUCACUUCCAGUUUCAGAUGUUGUACUGCCUGGAUAUUUUUCAAGUUUCUAUUCGGAUAAUCCACAGCCACCUCUUAUGACAUCUCUAAAACAGUCAUUUGACAGCUACUCUACACAUUCAUAUGUCAUGCAAGUUACAUCAAUCAAUGUCUUUGAUUACUUUGCCACUGGAACUCCACCCUUUUUUAAACCACUAAUUUGUGGUCAAGAUUUCUAUUUCCAAGGAGGUGAAAGGUACUAUACCCCUGAUGAUUGUGUUUUUGAUGGUGUAACAUUAACAUUUAAUGGAUCUGAACCAGUUUUUAUUUCGAUCAGUUAUUUGAAUGUAAAGGAUGUCACUUUUAAAUUUCUCAAUUGUGCCAGUUACAAUACAAUUUAUUGGUAUCUUUCAACAAUGAGGGUGAGUGGAGAUUUUUAUGGAAUCAUUCAGGUCAGAGACUUUGAGCCAAAUCAAGCAAUCAUUCAUGGAACUGUUAUUCUUUGGUAUGGUCGUACUUCACAACUUGAUAGUUCAAUGGUAACUUUUAGUAACUUUUCUAUUUGGGAUCCUUAUCAAUCGCAUCUUUCUCCUUCAUGUCCAAAACCUACAGUCAACAUUUGUUAUGGAAAAUUGGCCACAGCCAAAACAGUUUGCAAUGGACAUGGCAAAUGCAUUGGACAAGAUCAAUGUCAAUGCAACAAUGGAUACUCUGGUAUUGAAUGUAAGACUAAACAUUUCGACUGCAAUGGAGUUAAUCCUGACCAUCCAGAUGCUUGCGGAGGUGGUGGACAUUGUAUUUCACAAGACACGUGUCUAUGUGAUAAUGUAGUUCAGCAAUAUUUUUGUCGUUUAACUUGUUAUGGAUAUGGAAAAGAUGAUAGUCAAGUUUGUUCUGGACAUGGUGCUUGUCUAUCUAACAAUAAUUGUUCAUGUGAAAUUGGAUGGUAUGGAGAUAAGUGUCAAAAUUACAAACAUGUUUACAAUCCAUUUCAGGGUUACAAUUUUAUAUCCUUUGAUUCAGGACUUUAUGUUUAUUCUUCAAUUUCAUUUCCAGCUUACUUUUCUUAUUAUCCAGAUAUUUAUUCAAUGUUUGUAGUACCUUCCUUAAAUAGUAAUAGUUUAUCUAAGGAAAAAAGUAUUCAAUUAAUAGCAACUGCCAAUAGUUUUUACAAUCAAUUCCUUUUAACUGAUAAGAUUGAUUUUGUGUGUGGUCAAGAUAUAGAGUUUAAGGGAGGACUAAACUAUCAAACACAGUCAAGUUGCACCUUUGAUUCAAUUACAAUGACAUUUGAUGGUCCUGAUUUGAUUUCAAUUUCAGCAACUUCUGAUAUUUCCAUUUCCAAUGUCAACUUUGUUUUCAAAAAUUGUGCAAGUUACAAUAAUAUUUAUUGGCAAACAACACAAACAAGAAUUACAGGAGAUUUUUAUGGAAUUCUCUUCAUUGCUGCUUCCUCUUUAGCCUUAGAUAAUGCCAAUAUUUAUGGAACUAUCAUUGUUCGAAACGUAUUGACUGGCUUCUCGAAUGCAGUUGUCUUUAACAACUUUUCAAGCUUUGAUCCUUAUCAACCUUAUCUUUCUCCAUCCUGUCACAAAACUUUAAGUUCAUGUUAUGGAAUUGUAAAUACAAGUUCUGCAGUUUGUAGUGGAAAUGGUAAAUGCUUAUCAGAUGAUCAUUGUCAAUGUAAUUCUGGAUAUAGUGGUAAUUAUUGUGAAAUUAUUCCUCCAAAUUGUUUUGGUAAGCUAGUAGGACAAUCUGGAGUAUGUUCAGAUCAUGGAACUUGUGUAUCGAGUGAUAAUUGUGUUUGUGAAUUGGGAUAUUAUUUUGAAGACUGUAGCUCAAAUGUUCCUCCAACUUGUAAUUCCAUUCCUGCGAAUGAUCCAAGUGUUUGUUAUGGACAUGGACGAUGUGUAAAUUGGGAUACUUGUGUGUGUGAUUCUCCCUAUCAGAAUUCUGCCUAUUGUCAAUAUUCUGAAUAUUACAAUUGUUUUGGAUUGGAUCGUUUGGAUCCAAAAGUAUGUUCUGGACAUGGCCAAUGCACAGAUUCUGAUCAAUGUGUUUGUAAUUCCAAUUAUGAUGGUUCAUCAUGUGAACAUACUCAAUGUUUUGGAAUUUCCAAUACAGAUACCAGUUUAGUUUGUAAUGGACAUGGUGUUUGUGGGUCCUUUAACACUUGUACCUGUUCAAUUGGAUGGACAUCUUCCUAUUGUAAUCAAACAAGAAAGUUCUAUAAUCCUUUCCAAGGUUACAAUAUGAUUGUUGCUGCAAGUAGCGUUUCUAUUAUGGACAGAAUUUCACUUCCUGGAAAGUUGGCUUAUUAUCAGACUUAUUUUUCAGGUAGAGUGACUGCUUCCACAGUGCAAGAUGAACAUGAUGUCUAUGGAAGAAUGAUGGUGUCCUUGUUUGAUUCGAUAUUUAGUUCACUUUCGAAUAGAGGAUCAACUAUUCAAAUUGAUUGUUCUUCUCAUUCUUUGACUCUUAAAGGAGGAAGGAAUUAUCAUUUCACGGAUAGUAAUUGUGUUCUAACUUCCAAAGUUAUUAUUGAUGGAUAUGAAGAUGUGUACAUUUCUGGUGGUUAUUUAAUCUUACGUGGUGUCACUUUCGAAUUUCGUAAUUGUUCAAGUUAUAAUAAUGUUUAUUGGUCUGUUAGUUUAUUGCAAAUUGAGGAAGAUUCUGAAAUUCAUGGAAAUAUUUUGGCCACUGAAGUGACAGCUACGAAUUCAAAAAUUUAUGGAACUCUGAUUAUACCAGAUUCGGCAACGAUGGUAACUAUAUUCGAAACUACUCAGUUCAUGAAUUUUACUAAUUGGGAUCCUUAUUCACCGUUUGUUGAUUCGAAAUGUAUUUCUUCUCAAUCAGUAGUUUCGUCUAAUGUUUCUUCCAAUUCAACUGUUGUUACAAACAGUUCAGUUUCAGUCAAUCAAACUAUUAUUAAUUCCAACUCGUCAAUGAUUAAGAACAAUACUGUUUACAAUAGCACAGUAUUAAAUAAUUCCACAUUGAAUAAUUAUUCAUCAAUAGUUAAUACUACUCAAGUUUCUAAUAAUAUUACAGUUGGUAAUUCUUCAAAUUUAUCAAAUACUACGAUUGUACUGAAUAAUUCCUCAAUGGAAAGUAAUUCUUCACAAACAAUUUCCAAUUCCACUGUUGCCAAUACUACAAAUAUUCAUGGAAAUGACUCACUGUCGAAUACAACGCAAUCAGUUUCUAAUAAUAAUACACUAGGUAAUUCUACACAAUUACUGAAUAUUUCAAUGAACAGCAAUAGUACAAGCAAUUAUUCCAGUAUUACCAAUUCUACUAAUUAUGGAAAUGAAUCAUUUGUGAAUUCAACAAAUAAUUCAGUGAACAGCACUACUAAUUCUACUUUUAUGGGAAAUAGUUCAAAUAUUUCACAACAAGUGAAUACAACCACAAAUUCAUCAAUUGGAGUUGUUGAUAACGAAACGACUAUUCUUAUGAAUGAAACAAAUGUUUCGAAUAAUAGCAUUGUUGAAACUAAUCAAACUCUGGAUAAUUCACAAAUUGUUAACGAAACAUCAACAGAAUCCAAUAAUAAUGGAAAAAUUCAAAACAAUUCUUCCCAAACUAUUGUUUCCAAUAAUUCAUCCAUUGUUAACGAAACUUCCAAUACUUCUAAUACUACAGAACUAAUUUCUAAUAACACAAUAAGUGAUUCAAAUAACACAUUUAUCAAUCAGUCAACAGUAGAAAAUAUUUCACAACAUCAAAAUUCAACACUUAUUCAAACUCUAAUUAACAAUCAAACUACUUUUGGAAAUAGUUCAGUAAUUGAAGUUCAAAACCAGGUCAAUCAAACAUCAAAUAUCACUAACAGCACAAACAACACUUUAAUUAUUAAUUCAACAAUUAUUUCUAACAAUACAAAUUCCAAUUAUAGUAAUUCAAGUAAUGUCACAAAUAAUUCGACAUUAUCAGUCAAUAAUACAAUUCUAAAUAAUCAAAGCACUGUAAAUUCAACAACAUCUAACCUGAAUAAUGAAACAUUCAAUAAUCAGAAUUCCAGUUUAAAUAGUUGUGACAGACAUAUCAAUUGCUCAAAUCAUGGCGAUUGUAAUUCAGAAGGACAAUGCCUCUGUUCUUCAAAUUAUGAAGAAGGUUUCUGGUCUGGAACUAAGUGUGAAUUUUGUGCAAUUAACUUUUAUGGUAAAUUGUGUAAUACUAAAAUUGUUGGUCCAGCUUUGAUUUCACCAGAUUUUACAGGAGUUACAUUUAUAUUACAUUCUCCACAGAUGAAUGAUUCAAUUCCUUGUGAAAAGAUUAUCAAUCCACUUGAUUUAUCUAUUUUUGGAAGUAAGCAAUCGAAUGUUAAAUGUCAGUACUCUGACAAAAAGAAUGACAUUUUCAUGAUUUCAUUUGGUUCUUUGGAUUUUAAUUUCACACCUGGAACAACCACAAUUCAAAUCAAUACUCAGGCUUUUGAAAAUAUAAUGGUUCGUUCCACUCCUAAAUACAUUUCACUUGUCAUUACGGUUCCAGAGAUUACAGUUGACUUUUCACAUGCAGUAAUUACAAUGCCAAAUGUGAAUCAAUAUAGUUCAUGUGAUGCCAUUACAGCUGAUGGUUCUUCCAGUUAUUCAUUUGAUGGUAGAUCUUUAACUUUCUAUUGGUUCCUAUUAGAUUUAAAUAUGAACAUACUAUUCGAAUCUUUCCCGAAUCAACCAAAAAUUACCCUUGAUUCAUCCGUUCCACCAAAUUCAUAUAGAAUUGGACUUAAAGUGAAGAGUAAUUUCCUUAAUACCAAUAGCUCACUUUCAGUUUCAUCCAUUUUCAAUAAGGUUGCUGCACCACUUCCAAUGUUAACAAUGUAUAAGGGAGAAACAAUUAUUGAAAAGUAUUCGAAUGAGUUUCCAAUAACUUUAAAGAAGAUUGUUAUUGAUUCAUCAUGUAAAUCUUCAACAGACAGUGUACAAAUUGCAUGGUCGAAAGUGAGUGGACCUGUCAUUGAAUAUACAAUUGACACUUUUAACAAUUUAUUCAUUCCAAAAUUGACAGUUUUUGGAAAUAACACUUACAUAUUUAGAGUAUCUGUAUUUUACACAGCAAAUCAGAAAGUUUCUCUAGAUGUUACUUUGAGAACCAAAUCUCCAGAUUUACAACUGAAUAUUUUACAAGUUGCAGCUGUUAGUGAGUUGACCAGUUUACAAAUAGAUUUUGUUGAUCCAGAGGCAAUUUUCAAUGAAGAAUCGACUGAGGUGUGGAAAUGGACAUCUAAUAAUCAAAGUCCAGGUCUGUUGUCAACGUUACAAAGUUUAUCAAGUUCAAAAUCAGUUCAAUUUUCAAUUUCGUCUGAUUUGUUAGAAAGUAGGAUUGAUUCUUUGGUCUUAAAUCUGGAAAUUACAAAGAGUGAUGGAAGAUCUAUUCAAAAAUCAACAACUAUUCACUUUAAUCAUAUUCCUCCAUUGGUAAAUAUUGUUAGUAUUGAACCUUCUUCACCUGUCAUUGUUCCUGGUCAACUCAUCACAAUUCAAACAUUGACAGUUUCAAAUAGUUCAAAUUCAACAUGGGUAUUGAAUGGUAAGAUUAUCGACUCGUCAUCCAUUAUUCAGCACUCAACUGUAGAAUCUGAAACUAAUACCAUCUCAAUUGAGAGCUCAGAUCUUGAACAAGGUUCAGUCAACUCGCUCAGUAUCUUUACCUAUGAUACCAGCACUGGUUUAUCUACUCAAACAAGUUAUACAUUCCAAGUAGCAUCUACUCCUAGAAUUUGUUCUUGUGAUGUUACUCCAAAAGAAGGAAUAGCUCUUUCAACUGAUUUUUUAUUUUAUUGUGAAAAUUGCAAGACAAGUGACAAUAAUAUUGAUUAUAGAUAUGGUUUUAUAGACGAUAGAUCUCAAUCCAAGAUUGUAAUGUAUAAUUUAGGAGAGGUAUACUCCACCAAACUGCCAGCACCAUUUACUGGAACAUCUGUCACAUGUUUCUUUGAUAUUGUUGACAAGACCACUGGUGCAUUCUCAACAACCUUCUCAAAUGUUACCAUUUACAAGCCAUUAGUUCAAAACAUUGCUGAAAUUCAAAAUAUUGUUCAACAAUGGGAAUCUCAAUCCAUUCAAUACACCAUAGAUGGUGAUUUCAGUAAGAGUGUUUAUCAAUCUGCUUCCACUUCAAGAACUGACUCAGUAUUCUUGAAAGAAGCAUUUAGUUCGUAUGCAAAUACUAGACGUGAUUCCAUUACUUGUCAGAAUGGAGUGGAUGUUGCAGGUGAAUGUAAAUGUAGAGAUGGUUGGAUUGGAAAGCAUUGUGAAUUGUCAAUUUCAGAUUUUUCAAACAUUCAAGGAACCAAGUUAAAUAUUCUGAAAGAUAUGAUGUUUGUGGUAAAUAACACUGCUGGAAUGAGUGAUGAAUACUUAUCCUUGUUAUCGUUUGCUAUUGAUUCAUUACUUGUUAAUUAUCCUUAUUUAGAUACAAACACUAUUUCAGAAUCAUUAUCAACUUUGAAUUUAUUCUUGAAUUAUGCACUUUCUGAUCAGGAGGUGAGAAUUUCAGGAGGAGUUGAUGUUUUAAUUUAUAAUUGUUUAGAAUUUGCUUACAAGUACAUUACCAAUCGUCAAUAUGUCAUUGACCAAACCUCAAACUCUGACAAUUUGCACACUGCACUCAAGAAAUCAUCCUCCCUUCAAGCAAGAAGCUCCUCCAUUGGAAGUGCAGGAAAAAGUAAGAAGGGUCCUUUCUUUUCUGCUGUAUUGAACAGAAAUACUCUUUACGAUUUUCCAAAAUCAAUUUUUGAUCCAAUUUCCAAAACAAAAGUUAUUUUUGAAUCAAAAUUCUUUACCACUCCAAAUUCAGCAUCUCUUGUGAGAAAACCCUUCAUAUCAGUAUUGACAGUCUCGCAUGAUAUCUUUUCUCUCAAUUCAAGAUUACAAAAUGGUAAGAAAAUUGGAAACAGAGCUACUUUUGCAAAACUCAUUUCACCAAUUGUAUCUGUUGACUUUAGUGAAUUACCAGUCCAAGCAGAUGGCAGUAAGAUUUCCUAUAUAAUUCCGUAUAACAUCACUGAAGAUACUACUGAUGGAAUUGCCUUAACCAAUUUGGAAUUUGCAGAGAAGGAAAAGAUCAUUAGUUGUGGAGAUUUCAGAAAUGGAUCACCAAACACUAUUAGAACUGAUUGUACUAUACAAAAUAGAAAUGCCACUCAUAUAAUGUGUACCUGCGUUAGAUUGACCAAUGUCUUUGCUAUGGAGACAACUGUAGUAACUUAUCACUCGUAUCUCUAUGUAGAAGCUAUUGUAAUUUCCAUUGUAGCUUCUGGAAUAAUCCUAUUGAUAAUUAUUGGUCUUAUAUUUGCAUGUAUUAAGCUUAGAAAGAAUCGUAAAAAGGAAAUGACAAUAGUUGCAGAUACUCAUUCAAGUUUCUCAUUAAGAGUUCAAGAAGUGGAGAUGGAAUCAUUCUAUGGCCACACACCUGUGGGUCUACUUCAUGAUCCUGUGCCUUCUCCAAAAGAAAAAUCAAGGAAUUUGCCAAUUCAGUCUGUCUAUCAUGCAAAACGUAAGACAUCACAGGUCAUUCCUCUUCGUGUCGAUUUGAUGGAUGAAAGACAUUGUGACAAUUUGUCUAGCAAUGGUUCUGAUUGUGAAUAUUCGCAAUAA